AUGAAGCCCUCCCUCGGGCCAUCCGCCGCGCCGGACACGCCUAGUAGUGUGCGCUGCCUCUUGGAUCUGCCUCCCGAGUGCCUCGCGCUCGUGCUCGCCUCUCUGGCGGUGCGGGACGUGCUCGCCGCUGCCGCCACGUGCCCCGCGCUCAAGGUGGCGGCCGACGACCCCAUCCUCUGGCGAAACCUCCUGUGGCAAGUCUGGAUCGCAACCGCCGCGCGCGGGGCCGAGAAGGCGGACUUUGCCGCGCGCCUGCUUCGCUACCAGCAGGCGUCGUCCAUGCGGGCGGGCGUCGGACCAGACAGCACCGGGGCCGCCGUCGAGGCGGAGCUGCCUGAGCGCCCGAGCGAGGCGCGCCCGCUGCCGCUCUCGCAGUGGCUGCGGAGCUACGACGCGCCGGACGCGGCGCUGGCUGGAGUGUGGCGGCAGCGCCUGAUGUGGAGCGGCAGCACCGACCAGUGCCACGGCGACACGGUGGGCUGCGCGUGCGUGCACGGCUCCCCGACGCCGCAGCCGUUUGGGUCGGGGCGAGUGGUGUACUACGAGGUGCGGGUGCUCAGUCAGGGAGAGCACGGGUUCAUCGCAGUCGGGUGGAGCCCCGAGGGCUUCCCGUCCAAGAACAAGCAGCCCGGGUGGGUGAGGCACACAUACGGCUACCACGGUGACGACGGCCACGUCUACUCGAGCUUCGGGUACGGCCGCCGCUUCGGCGCCCCCUUCGGCACCGGCCGCACCGUCGGCACUGGGCUGGUGCUGCCUCCGCCGGGCGCUCCCCCGGACCGCUGCCACGGCAGCCUUCUCUUCAAGGCGUGGAGGCGCGCCAUCUUCUUCACGGUCGACGGCGAGCUCUGCGGCGCCCCCUUCCCCUCCGUGCCGGCGCCCACGCUCCUCCGGCCGGCGGUGGGCGUGCACUCUGUCGGCGAGCAGGUCGAGCUCCACUUUGGAGACGGCGCGGCGAGCGUCAUCGCGGCGUCGCCGCCGCGCCGGCCGUCGCCCUUCGCCUUCGACCUCGCCGAGUACUGCGCGCGCGAGGGCGGGGCGGCGUCGCUCGAGCAGAUGCUGCCGUGGCUCGCCCCUCGGCUAGUCGUGUUACUCAUGCACCUGGCCGCGCUCUGCACCCUUGCGCUGCAUCCGACGCUCCGCCCAGCGUUGCCUUGCGCCCGAGCGGCGUCGGCAACGAUGGCGCUCGAGGGCGUGCCGCCAGAGCUCGCGAAGCAGGUGGUCGAGGCUGAGGCGCGGGCGGCUACGGGCCGCACGCCCAGAGUUGCAGGCACGGCUGUGCUCGGCCUUCUCGCUGCGGCGAGCGCCGCCGUCGCGGCAGGCUCCCUAGCAGGCAACGAGCAGGCGGCGGCGUUGGCGGAGGACGUGCUGCCGUUUGGCUCUGCACCCUUGUCCCUGCUCCUCGACGCUGGCGUCGGCGGGGCCUGCCUGUGGGCCUACGCGCAGGAGAUGCAGACCCGCGACGAGAAUCUCGAUCGCAUCUGGACCGAGCUGCAGCAGCGGCGUGCUGCCGCCGGCGGCGCAAAUCGCGCAGAGAGGCGCGCCAAGAAGGUGGCCCGAGAGCGUGUCUUCACGGGCGGUGGCGGCUUUGCAGCCUCGCCUCCUCCUCCGCCGCCUCCGACGCCGGCGUCGCCCCUUUCGCCGCCGUCGGCGGGAGCCGCGUCGGAGCAAGAUGGCGGCGGCUUGCUUUCUAGCGUGAAGGAUUUCUGGAACGAGGCAAACGAGCUGGGGCGUGCAGGGGCGCUCAAUCUUAAUGCCCAGCUCGAGGAGCAGGGCGUGCUGCCUGCGCUGGAGCCACUCGACGAGGCAGCGGGAGCUGUUGCGGGCGGCGAUGAAUCGCCGCGAGCCGAGGCAGCGGGCGCCGGCGUGGCUUCCGCGAAGCGCGGCGGCGGCAAGAAGAAGCGGAAGCGGCGCUAG